UGUCACCACCGCAUUAUAGCAAAACAAAAAAGGGAAAAAAAAAUGUAAAACACACAACAAAAAAACCAAAGGAGGAAGCUGAAGGCCCUAUACACACAUAACCUACAAAAGUGGAUCUAUCGUCACCACUUUCUCUCUCUAUUGUCUGAUCCCCUACUUCCUCCAAACGGUAUCGUUUGGAUAGAGCUUCUUCUUCAUACCCAGAAUUUUCUGGUUCGAUCGGUAAAUGUUUAGUUCUAUCACAGUGCAAGGAUAAGAAACAUUUUUAACUUGUCCAACAAAUGGCUUCUGUGGGUGUGGCACCUACUGGUAUGAGAGAAGCUAGUGGCCAUAAUGCUGGUGUUGAUAAAUUACCUGAGGAGAUGAAUGAUAUGAAAAUUAGGGAUGACAAAGAAAUGGAAGCAACAGUAGUUGAUGGCAAUGGUACAGAGACAGGUCAUAUUAUAGUUACAACAAUUGGUGGUAGAAAUGGCCAGCCAAAGCAGACAAUAAGCUACAUGGCUGAGCGUGUUGUUGGGCAUGGAUCAUUUGGAGUUGUUUUCCAGGCAAAGUGCUUGGAGACUGGUGAAAGUGUUGCUAUAAAGAAAGUUCUUCAAGAUAAGAGGUAUAAGAACCGUGAACUGCAAACCAUGCGUCUUCUUGACCACCCAAAUGUUGUCUCGUUAAAGCAUUGUUUCUUUUCAACAACUGAGAAGGAUGAACUUUACCUUAAUUUGGUUCUUGAGUAUGUCCCUGAAACUGUUCACCGGGUGAUUAAACACUACAACAAGUUGAAUCAGAGAAUGCCACUGAUAUAUGUGAAACUUUAUGCAUACCAGAUCUUCAGGGCAUUGUCAUACAUCCAUCGUGCAAUUGGAGUGUGUCAUCGGGACAUCAAACCUCAAAACCUUUUGGUUAAUCCUCAUACACACCAGGUUAAAUUGUGUGAUUUUGGAAGUGCAAAAGUCUUGGUAAAAGGGGAGCCAAAUAUAUCUUAUAUAUGUUCUAGAUAUUAUAGAGCACCAGAGCUAAUAUUCGGGGCAACUGAGUACACAACAGCUAUUGACAUCUGGUCUGCUGGCUGUGUUCUUGCUGAACUACUGCUUGGACAGCCUCUAUUUCCUGGUGAAAGUGGAGUUGACCAGCUUGUUGAGAUUAUCAAGGUUUUGGGCACUCCAACAAGGGAGGAAAUUAAAUGCAUGAACCCAAAUUAUACAGAGUACAAAUUUCCUCAGAUUAAAGCUCACCCAUGGCACAAGAUAUUCCACAAGCGCAUGCCUCCCGAGGCUGUUGAUCUAGUUUCAAGGCUACUGCAAUACUCUCCUAACCUGCGGUGUACUGCUUUGGAUGCCUUGACUCAUCCUUUUUUUGAUGAGUUACGCGACCCUAACACCCGCCUACCAAAUGGACGUUUCCUUCCACCAUUGUUUAACUUUAAAUCUCAUGAAUUGAAGGGUGUCACAGCUGAAACCUUGGCAAAAUUGAUACCUGAGCAUGCAAGAAAGCAAUGUACGUUUCUUGGCUUAUGAUUGAACGUGAAGUGUAGCGAACUUGGGCAAAGUGAUGUCUGCGUUAUCCUGAUGUGGAAGCUAUGAUGUUUGUUUAAGCUAUUUGGGUAAUCUUUAUUUUCACAUGAUUUUGUUGUAUCACCUUGUUAUUAUGUAAAAGCUGAGUUAGAGACAUGGUUCUUGAUGCUUGCCCAAGCCUCCAUGGGUGGUCUAUUCCAGUAUCACAACAUAUUGUAACAUUACAGAAGCAGACGAAGAUCAGGUGUCUUAUAUAUAUUUCUAUUUCUACA